AUGAGUUGGGAACGCUAUGCGGCGAUAUGUCACCCACUGUUUCAUCGAGCAAAAGUCACUCGGAAACGACUAAUGAAAUGUCUCAUUUUUUUCUGGCUGCUUGCAUUAAUUGCUACGAUCCUAUCCUGGCGUUUCCAAGCUUUCUUCACCUAUGUAGUUACACCCGAACUUCUGGUUUUCCACAUUCUGUUAGUGUACUUUUACGUGAGAAUUUACCUUGCUAAUUUAAAUUCUUCCAAAAGCAUUCGUUCGAAAGAAGGAAUCAAUCGGGAGGCAGAUUUAGCGUCGUGGAACGGUCGGCGACGUAAGGGCAUGAUGAAUGUCAACCUGGCAAAGUCUUGCUUUUUUGCCGUGAUAUCUUUCGUUAUUUGUUAUUUACCCACCUCAAUAGCUAUGACGAUGAAGACGAAUUUUAGAAAAGACGUGCAAGUAUUGAUUGAUAUUUGGGCUACAACCCUAAUUCUAUUGAACUCGAGUUUGAACUCGAUUGUGUUUUUCUGGAGAAGCAAACCUUUAAGAAAAGAAGUUUGUGCUGUUAUCAGAAUUGUAUUUUGUCAAAAAAAAGCGAUGAAGGUUGACAAUGGCAGUAUGCAUAGCUCGUCUGCUGGUGCAACUAACACCUAA